AUGUUGUGUCAUUUAAAGGAAAUUCUUAAAAUCGACUCCAAUCAAGAUGUGUCCACAAAAACAGCCAUAAGCAGUCGCCUAUUUGCUGAUGAUGGUUGCUAUUUGUUGAAACGAGAUCUCACCGAUCCCACUGAGAAACAAUUUGAUGAGUUUCAUUUUCUUGUCAAAUGGAUCGCUUUUACAAUAAAUCCAAAAGAUUCGCCGAUUUCGUUGAAGUUGAAGAAAAUAUGGCACAUCUUUUUGUCAAUCAUAUGCAUUUACACGACUCUCUACGAUUUGUAUAUCUUGAUCACUCAAUAUAAUUCAAGUCAUGCUCCACAUGUGAUCAUUUAUCUGAUGAUCGCUUGGCAAUCGCUUUUCUCAUUGUUUCUUCUGGUCAACUGGCAACACAAGCUACGUUUUGAGUCAUUUUUUCAUUUAUAUCAUCACUCGAAGAUCCGUGAUGUGCCUGAGCUUGAUGAGAGACAUCUAGCAGCUGUCCGGCGAACUCGUCGACAAUUCUGGGGAAUGCAACUCUAUUCCGUCGUCAAUAUGAGCGUCUAUUUGAUCGCAAUUAUGACAAAAUAUAUAGAAACGAUCAUGAAUCCAGCUUAUGCAUAUAGUUUCUAUUUUCCAAUUUUACGAUACAUUCGCCCGGUGCUUGGCUAUAUGUGUUUGCUAGUGCUUACUCAUAAUAUGCAUAUUUACUUGAGUAUCACAAAUCUUUUGCAUUCCGAAGUCAGAAAGUUCAACUAUACGAUUAAAAAUCUUAAAGCUUCGACAAGUGAUGAGAUGAAGUCGAGACUUGAAAGUUUACUCUGUUUACACACAAAAAUUUGUGGAUUAGUCACGGAAAUGGAUGAGAUUUAUAGGAUUUAUACUUUCAUGACGACAAUCUGUACGAUUCCGUUGAUGAUCUUUGCCUUGGUGAUCUCAAGGAAAACGUUGAUUGAGUUCUCGUUUAGUGUCUCUCCGAUGACUUUUUGUGCUUAUCAACUGUAUGUUAUCAUGUAUCCAGCGAGAUUGCAUGGAGAGUUGAACAAAUCGAAAUAUCUUCUGUGUAUGAAUGAAAAGGUUUGGAUACCAUAUGAUGAAAAUGUGCACAAGAUCGGCACAACAUUGGCAAUCCACUUGGAUCAGCCAUCAGUUGGGAUCACUCUUUGGGGCUUUGCUCUUGUCACAAAGUCUCUCAUUUUAACGAUUGCUUCUGUGAUGAUGACCUGUUUGGCUUUGUUACUCGACAUGCGACCAAAGGAUUUGACUCAUUCAGAC